GGAAUCUGAGGCGGGAUUUCGUUUUCUCCGUUACUCAUGUUUGCUUUGUGAUGCGUUCAGUAAAAGAUGUGUGAUCCUAUAAAUUUUUCGUUUCACUUUGUACUAUAAUUAUGACUAUCCUAUAUUCUGGCUAUCUCGUGUAUUCAUAAAUCGAAGUCACCUUUAACAAAUCUUCAGUUUCACCAUGCAAACUGGAAGCUGCUGCGAUGAUAGUACAGGCAGCGUAGGAGGAGAUAGUGAAACAAAUACGACGGUUGCCAGCAGUCCCGGCUUUGAUCCUCCUGUUUCAAAGGGUUCACCAUUAUUGCCAGAACCUCCUGAAGAUAUUACUUCCAACUGUCCAUCAUACGACAAUUUAAGUUCAACCUUUAGAAAAGGAAUUCGCAAAAUGGAAACUAACAUCAGCUCUAGUUUGUCAAACACAGCCACCAUUUGUGAAUCUUCAACACCCAAAUCUAAAGUAACUAGUGAUGUCCUUCCUCCAAAUCCAUUUACAAGCCCUCCAUCUUUUGAGCCACCAAGUUUGCCUUAUUCUUAUUCAGAAAACAUUACUUCUGGUUUACCUGCUUACCCUGAACAAUUCACUUCACCUACCUGUAUACCUUCAACGUUCCCUUCUCCUGGAUCUGCUUUUACUGAACUUCAUCCGAAAAUUGGACCAUGCAGUAAACCCAGUUGUUUUGUUCAAUCUACAACAAUAACAUCUAUGUCACCUAAAUUGCUUAAUAAAGAAAAUAUUCGUUCGAACUGUCCUAUUACUACUUCUGUUCACACUCGAAAUGAAGUAUCAGAAUGUGUUCCUAAAAAUGUAGUUGCGAUAAUCCAUCUAUGUCGUACCUGUGGUCAGUCACAUGAUCAAACAUCACCUCACUCAUACAAUUACACACAAACUGUAGAUGAUGAUCUGUGUUGUACAUUAUGUCGUCAACCUUUAGUUGAUCCUCUCGAUACUAAAUGCGGUCAUACAUUUUGUUCGCCUUGUUUAAAGAAUCAUCUAGCUGUUCAAGCACUUUGUCCAGUGGACAGACAAAUUAUAAAUUAUUUAGAGUGCCAACAGGCUUCUAAUAUUGUAAAACGGUUGUUGGAUAAAUUAUUAGUUGCUUGUCCUAAUUCACCUCCCUGUGAUAGUAUAAUGUAUCGUGCAAAUCUUGAAGAACAUUUACGUGAUUGGUGUAUCGGUGUACAUUCAUCCAGAGAACGGUUUAUGCAAAGUGGUGGGGUGAAGACAUCUCGUCCAGUUCAUCAUAGUCAACCGAAAAAUGUCUUCUUGUCCACUUUCGUUGGAACUGAAUCACUUGACUCAAACAUGUUGCCAUCAUCAGUGUGCGAGUCGACGAGAUGUCCUAGGGUAAUGGAUCCACAAACAAUUAUGAAAAGUGGUCUCUUGGUACAACAACAUCAGCAACCAAAGAACAUGAAUUUCCCUAGUCCCAAUAAUGGAUCCAGCUUUGGUAUUGUUUAUCCAAACCAUUUUAUAAAGGAGUAUCCUCAUGCAUUCUCACCAGUCACACGAAUCGAGUCAGAUAAAAUGAUUAAAGCAGACUGUAAUACCAAUUUACCUCCCACCGAUUAUCCAUCUGACUCAUCAACCAUCUAUGAAGGUGUUCCUGUUUCAAUAAUAAUUUAUCGUCCAUCUAAUUGUAUGGAUUUGGGUUUCACAUUUGUUGGUGGUAUCGAUACUCCACUGGCGUGCAUACUUAUUCAAGAAAUCUAUUUAGAUGGUCCAAUUGCAACUGAUGGACGUCUUAGACCGGGCGAUCAAUUACUUGAGGUAAAUGGAAAUUUAUUGACACAUGUUACACACGCUGAGGCACACAAUCUUCUGACAUCUCCUUCGUCAAUAGUACAGUUCACUGUUUUUCGUGAACCAGUCGCCUUGACUACACAACAAGUACAACCUCAGUAUCAACAAGAAAUAUUCUAUGUCAAGUUGUGUAAACGUCAAGGAAACGUUCUUGGAAUUAAGCUUGUUGGGAAAAAACAUUUACCAGGGCUUUAUGUACUAGAACUUGUAGCCGGUUGUGAAGCAGAUCUUGAUGGAAGAAUAAAGAAAGAUGAUCGUAUAUUAGAGAUUAAUGGAAUAGACUUAGAAAAUGGAACUCAAGAACAAGCAGCACAAAUAAUUAAUUCUGUUUCGGAUUAUGUAAUCUUCAAAAUUAGUCGACGACAUCGAUCAGAUACACCGGAUAUCUUGAGGACAACAACAGAUUCCGAAGAAAAAUUAGAGAAUAGUCUAUUGGCAUUGAAAUCACUCCAAUUGAAUUCUUCUGAUCAUCCUAAUAAACAGGAUUCAUCGAAUGUAAGCCAUAAUUUUGCUUGGUCAAGUCUAGAUGAUCGAGAUACAAAUCCUUCAAGCAUUCACUCAACUACAGAAUUAAUUCAUUCUUCAAAUGAACAAAAGUUGACCUGUUUCAAUCCAUCAGUGGCAACAGCAUCAUCAUCAGUUGCCUCAGCGGAUGAUAAUCGAACGAGUAAAAUUAACGUUUACAAAGAAUCACGUAAUCGUUCCAAUUCUGUUGGUUCAAUUGCUCCACAUAAUAUUAAUAUUUCAAGCACUCAAAAUAAUGCAACUGGAUUCCCUAAGCAACUUGUUGUAAGUUUUGUGUGCUUUCUCCGUUUUCAAACAAUCUACUUUUUAAUUUUGCGUCUCUUAAAGUUUGAGAAUAAAUAAAUUUUUAGCAAAAAUCAGUGUUUCACUCAGUUUAAUGUUUGUAAAACUAGGAUGUAUAUAGUGAAUACAACUUCCAGCUGUCUUGUUAAUAUUAUCUCAUCGAUUUAUUUAACCUCGCCUAGGUAACUAGUUCACUAGUUACUAGCCGGUUCUAAGCCCGGAUAAAGAGCGAAGGUUGGGCAUAGGACUAGCAACCCUAUCCCGUAAAACCAAUCUAAUUUGAAGACGCAACAUGCCAAGUGAUUCACAGUGGAAAACUCAGUGAUGCCUUUGAAAUGAAGACAGGAGUAAGACAAGGCUGCCACAUACUAUCACCGAUGAUCUUCCUGAUUGUGGUCGACUGCAUCAUGCAGAAAACCAUGAGGAGAGAGAAGAUGGGCAUACGAUGUUUGACCGAUGUAAAGACCCCAGAAGAAGAUUUGGAUUUCGUCGAUGAUUUAUGUUUCAUGUCGCGCAAACUCGAAGAUCUACAGACGAAAACCAACGAGUUGGCAGAAGAGGCGAGGCAGCGAAACAAGACGGACUUCUUUCAGAUGAACGUAGAGAAUACAGAGAUGAUGAAGAUACCUAACCAACAACAACAAUCACCAUGAACGGGAGAAAUCUAAAGGAAGUUUUCUCUUUCACCUACCCACAUACCUAGGCAGCAUCGUUUCAGCUACAGGUGGCACAGAUGAGGAAAAAGUCAAAACCAGGAUCGGAGAAGCAAGACAGGUUUUCAUUAAUCUGAAAUAAUCAGUGUGGAGAUCUGCUCCACUCAGUAUAAAGCGUGAACAAGAUCCGAAUUUUCAACACUAAUUCAGUCAAGUCAGUACUUCUAUGUGAUAGUUCAGAGACUUGGUAUGUUGCGAAAAGCAUUUCCCACAAACUACAGAAAUAUAUCGCAUCAACAGCUGUCGCCUACGCUCAUUCAAUACUCAAGAUCAGAUUGCUAGAAUAAUAAGAAUAAGCAACAAGGAACUCUGGGAACGAACUAGCCAAGAACCCAUCGUCCAACAAAUAUAUAGCAGAAGAAAGUGGAGAUGGAUUGGAUUGGACAUACACUAAGAAGACCGAUUGGGGACAUCAUGCACCAGGCCAGGCCGUCGAGUGGGACCCAGAUGGGAAGCGACGAGUUUAGUGUCCGAGGGUGACAUGAAGGAGACCAUGUGAGGGAGAAAUGAAAGCUUGUGAACAGUCGUGGAGCGAGGUUCAAAAGACUGGAGAGAAUAGAGUGCAAUGAAGACGUGCUAGUGAAGCCCUAUGUUCCACUAGGAACCCAAGGGCCGAAUAUAAUAAAUAAUCGACUUUAUUAUUACUGGGGUAGUUGUCGAUUGUAUUGCAUACGUUACUUUCAUCUAAUACUUCACUAUUUCGAAUUCUAUUCCAUCUUGACGAGGUUUUCAAGUAAGUUCGAACAGUCGCAAAACCAUUUGUUCAAACUUUUCUACUUUCGGUUAAUUUUGAUUUUCCAAUAGAAGAGUAUUUAUUACUUACAACGCAAUUAUACUAGUACAUCUGAACUCAAUAGUUACAUACUUCAUAUGAGAGAAGUUAAGGUGUUCGGUUGUAUCAAGAUCCUAGAGUGUGAGAAUAAACUUCAACGGUAUGAUUUUUAUCGGAGCUUUCAAUACAGCUUAAAAUUACUGAACAGUCAGUCUGUGUCAUCUAAGUCACGCUUGAUUUAUCUAAAUAUUUACCAAAAAAGACACUACAAUAGUUUAGUCUGUUCUAGUAUGUAAGUGCCAGGCAUAUCUGUUAAAUGUAGAAUAUGCGAAGUUACAGAUUUUCGAUUAACCACCUUUAAAAAGUAUUGCUCAUACGUAGUAGUAAAACAAUCUAGUUUGCAAUGGAAAUUGAGUUUAAUUACUUAAGAUAAGUGCGCCCAAAUAACUUUGAAUAGCUGAAUUUCUUUUCCAUGUAUGCACAUCGUCUUAUUAUUUAGAUUUAAAUAAAUGAAGACUUCAGCGAAUAAAUUUGUUUUCGGCGACUAUGAUCCUCAUUAACCGUAUAACUUCACUUAAAUAUAUGUAUUUUACGUGAAAAUCUCAAUGUUUGUUGAUCAUGAAAAUAAUAUAGAAAUGAAAAUUACGUGAGAAAAUAUUUCAUAAUGUGAGUGAAUGUGAUUUGAAAUCACAAAAUAAAGAAUCCGUAACAAAGUAGGUAAACAGUUGUCAUUAUCUACAUGAUGAUAAUGUGAAAAAUUAAGAAAAAAUAGGUUGAAAAAUUAAAAAGUGAAUAAUGAUGGGAUGGUAAAGUUGAUUCUCGAUACACAAUUCCGGUUUCGACUGUUGUACUGACAAAGCUCCAAGAAUGCAAAGUAAGCGUUUACUCAUUCAUACCUUUUGGAAUAUUACGUUGUACUAGAGCGAAUGAAUCUUAUAGAACUGUAUCCCUUGUGAAUGAAACGUUAUAAUAUGAAACUGUUGGUCGAUCUACAUUUACCUAUAUUGAGUCACGCUGAAAGGUGCUUGCAUUGGCGUGAAACAGUCUACGUCUGCGUACG